AUGCAAGGAGUUUAUAAUGGAUUUUCCACGAAAAUGAGCGAAGCAGCAGUUGAACAAGUACAUGUAUGGUGUUAUGCACAUGUAUUAAAUUUAGUUAUUAGUGAUAUUACAAGCAAAAUUGUCCAAUCUAUUUCUUUGUUUGGUAUCUUGCAAGGAUGUGCGGUAUUUAUACGUGAGUCAUAUAAACGUAUGGACAUAUGGACAACCAAAAAUUCCAAAAAAAAAAUAUGUACAAUCGGCGAAACAAGAUGGUGGUCCAAAGAUGCAGCAUUGACAAAGGUUUUUGGACAAUUUAAUGAACCCGAAAAUGGAUUGUAUGUUGAUCUCAUAACUACAUUAGAUGAAAUUGAAAACAAUUUAGGUAUAACUCCAGAUGCUCGAUUCAAGGCAAAAAAUUUAAAAGAAGGUUUGUUAAAAUAUGAAACUAUUUUAACUGCCCAAAUGUACUUGCGAAUUUUUAAAAAAACCACUCCUCUAUCAAAAUAUUUACAAGGGCAUGGAGUUAAUAUAAUUGCAGCUUAUCAAAUGGUGAAACAAACUUUGAAUGAUUUACAAGACUGUGCCCGCCAAUUUCAAUGUAUAAAAGAAGCAGCCAAUACUUUUGUUGAAUAUACCAAUAAAAAAUUUGAUGAAAUGGAGAAUAAUACUUUAGAAAUUCUAAAUGAGUUACCUCAUAUUAGAGUAAGAAAAAAAAAAAGACAAUUUACUGACUAUGAAUCAAUAGAUGAUCCUAUUACAGAUCCAUUACGGGCAUUUGAAAUCAAUGUUUAUAACCAAGUAUUUGAUACUGUUAUUGAAAAAAAAGAUAUUCUCAACAAAAUUGAUUCCGAAGACAUCAUAAAUAAAUUAGGAGCUAGAAGCCCAGUAUUUGGUAGAAUGUUACUAUGUUAA